UGCGUGCAUAUUACAUACAUACAUUCUUCGUAUCGAAGAAACGUGAUUAAUAAAUUAAUAAUUAACACCGUGAUUUCGGGAUUGAUUGAUUAAUCAAGAAUCAUGGAUCUGCUUGGUUCAAUUUUAAAUUCAAUGGACAAGCCACCGAGUGUGAGCGACAAGCAGAAAGCAUUGAUGAAAAAGCAGCGAGAAGAAAUUGAGAAACGUCAAAUAGCGGAAGCGGAAAAAUUGAAAGUUUUUAGAGAGAAGGUUGAAGAAAAGAUAAAUAAAUUUCUGCAAAAUGGUACGGCUAGAGAAUGUAAAUUUCAACCGAUGGAACAAGUCUACAGAAGUAUUAUACACGAUGUUGCAGAAGUGGCCAAUGUAUUAGCAUAUUCGUUUGGGAUAGAGGGAAUCGAUAGAUAUAUAAUAAUAUUUAAAAGAGAAUUCGCUCCAUCAGAAGACCACUUGAAUGCAUUGCGUAGAGGAGAAGAAUGGAACGAGGAAAUAGCCAAGAGAUUAAAUGAGGAAAGAGAGAGGCAAGCUAAGGAAGAUGAGGAAGCAAACAAAUCUAGAAAGAGAAAACAAGAAUUUGUACCGACAACCAAUUAUAAAGACAAGUAUAAACAUCUGAUUGGAGAAGAAGCAGCUUUACAAGCAGCCAGAAAAACCGAAACAAAUCGUAGUUAUGGAUUCGUCCCAAGUGAAAAUAAAAAAGAUCAGAGAAGUAUUGAGGAAACUCUAGCGGAUAUUCGUGCGAAAAAGAAGAAGACUGAAGAACCAGCAAAUCAAGCAUUGCAACCAGAUGAAAAAAAUAUUUCAGAAUGAUGUGAGCUUAGUUGAUCAAUUAUGUUGGAAAGUGAAAUUAAUUGCACAGCUAAACUGUAAAUAAUAAGUAUUUUUCUGUUGUUUUAAUACAAUUAGCUAUUGUACAUUAGAUGAAUCAUAAUCAUUCGUUGGCAUUGAAAUACCACGGAUAUACCAUAGAGCUUUAUUUCGUUUCUUUCAAGAUACCGCAUCUGAGUUACGAAGUCCCGAUUGUGAAGUAACCUGUGCACCUAUUAUGUAUAGUGAUAGCAUUAUCCUCUGACAAUGAUAUUAUUAAUCUACGUUGAAUUUGUUAUUUAAACGUAACACAUAUUAAGUUAUUACCUGAAUCCUAAAUAUAGGUAUUUAUAUAGACUGCACUCCAUAUUUAUUUUCAAUUCAACACGUGUUCAUCAGACAAACUUCAGUAGCAUACUUUAAUCAGUACGAAACAAUAUUUAUUCAGAGAUGGCAAUUGUAAAGACGAGUUAGGUAAUAAUGUGUUAGAUUUACAUUUGUAGAAUUAGUAUGCGAUU